AUGGGUGUGUCUGCCGGUGUGUUUUUAACCGUGGUCCAAAUUCCCAUGUCGAAAACAAGUAAAGAUCAAACCAGUCAAUUUAAUUUAGCCGAAGAUGAUGUAAUCAGUGAUGAGUCGCCGGUGAUUGGGACCCUUGAAAAAAAUCCUGUCACUGUCAAACCCCACACUCACCCCCUCAUGUUUCGCACCACAAGAAGGCUGUUUGGCGUGAGAUUCAGCCACUACAAUGCGAAGCCCGGCGCUGCUCCUAAAAUGACAAUUCCUCGGCUAUACGAAAUGUACGCAGCCAAGCAACCUAUCACAUGUAUCACGGCUCAUGAUGCUCUUUCGGGCCGCAUGGCUGACGAGGCUGGCAUCGACACGGUUCUUGUUGGUGACUCUCUGGCUAUGGUAGCAAUGGGGCUCGAGAGCACCUCGGAGAUUGAACUCGAGGACAUGGUUUACCACUGUCGAGCUGUCGCUCGCGGUGCUCCGCGUCCGUUUUUGAUUGCCGAUUUGCCGUUCGGGUCAUACGAACAGAGUGUUGAGCAGGCAUGUGAAUCGGCCAUCCGUAUGGUCAAGCACGGGCGUGCUGAGGCAGUCAAGUUUGAAGGCGGCCGCGAACUUUGUCCUAUUGUCGAGCGCUUGUCUAAGUUUGGCAUAGCAACCGUGCCUCAUAUUGGCCUUACCCCGCAACGGCAGAUCUCAACCGGUGGAUUCAAAGUUCAAGGGAAAACAGCUGCCUCGGCUAAAGAGUUGCUAGAUGAUGCUCUUGCAUUGGAAAAGGCCGGUGCUACUAUGAUUUUGCUCGAAGGUGUUCCAGAUCGCGUGGCUACUGUCAUUACCGAGCGUCUUAACGUGCCUACGAUUGGCAUUGGCGCCGGGUCAGGCACGUCAGGUCAAGUCCUUGUUCAAAUUGAUAUGCUCGGUGGCUUUGACGCGUUUGUCCCCAAGUUCCUUAAGCGCUAUGCCAAUAUUCUUGAGACCCAUACCUCGGCAAUCGCAAAAUACCACUCUGAGGUCAAAUCCGGCGAGUUCCCUAGCAAGCAGAACUCUUAUUCUAUCAAGGAUGCCGAGUUCGAAAAGUUCACCGAGAUGUUGUGA